UCUCAAUAAAGUUUACAUAUUUAGGACGUCAUCAACUGCCAACGCAUGCGCGUUUUAGCCGUUUCCAGGGCCGGGUAUCAUGGCGGCGUACGUGGACAUUCUCAAAAAAGAGUUUCCUGAGAUUGACGCGGAGCUUUUUCACUACAUCACAGGUGUGCUGGACAGUGGGGGAGCAGACUUUGAAGAUGGUGAGGAGGUGUUUGAUGCCAUUGGGGGUGUCCUUCAGGAUGUCUCUGCUGACAGUAAAAAUGAGGAUGACAUCAGAGACAUCUGUCUCCAGAUGUUCAACACGCUCAAGCUGAACAACCACCACCACCAACACCCCCCACAGAAACAGGUGCUGCUGGACGCUCCCGUCCAGCUGUCUCAGAUGUCUGCCGGCUCUGGCUCGGCAACCAAAGACGUUCAUGGGAUCUGGAUGAUCAAACGAUCUCAGAACACGACGGUCGAUGCCAAAAAGUUGGAGAAGGCUGAAGCCAAGCUGAAGGCCAAGAACGAGCGUCGGAACGAGAGGGACUCCCAGAAAACAUCUGGUCCACUAGUCCUGGAGGAGGCGUCAGCCAGUCAGGCCAGCAGUAAGAAGGAUAACCGGGUCGACCAGUCCGGGAAGAACCGGAGCUACGACAUCCGAAUCGAAAACUUUGACAUUUCCUUUGGAGAGAGGUGUCUGCUGCAGGGGGCGGAGCUGUGUUUGGCGUCUGGCCGGCGCUAUGGUCUGAUUGGUCGGAACGGUCUGGGGAAGACAACAAUGCUGAAGAUGCUAGCCAGUCGGAACCUCCGUGUUCCAGCCCACAUCUCCAUCCUUCAUGUUGAACAGGAAGUAGCAGGAGAUGAAACGAUGGCGCUGCAGAGCGUCCUGGAGAGCGACACGCUACGAGAGGAGCUGCUGAAUGAGGAGCGGCGCCUGAACGCCCGAAUAGCCAGUGGAACGGCCGAGGGGAUGGAGAGCGUCCGUCUGUCCGAGAUUUACGCCAAACUAGAGGAGAUUGAAGCUGACAAAGCCCCUGCUCGAGCCUCCAUCAUCCUGGCUGGGCUUGGAUUUUCUCCCAGAAUGCAACAGCAAGCCACUAAGGAGUUCUCGGGGGGCUGGAGGAUGAGACUGGCGUUGGCCAGAGCUCUUUUCGCUCGACCUGACCUGCUGCUACUGGACGAGCCCACCAACAUGCUGGACAUCAGAGCCAUUCUGUGGCUGGAGAACUACCUGCAGACAUGGCAGUCCACCAUCUUGGUCGUCUCCCACGACAGAAACUUCCUGAACGCUGUAGUAACAGACAUCAUCCACCUGCACUCUCAGAGACUAGACAGUUACCGUGGCGACUACGAAAACUUCCUGAAGACCAAAGAAGAUCGACUGAAGAACCAGCACAGGGAAUUUGAAGCCCAGAUGCAGUACAGGCAGCACAUACAGGUGUUCAUCGACAGGUUCCGGUACAACGCCAACAGAGCGGCUCAGGUGCAGAGUAAAAUCAAGCUGCUGGAGAAAUUACCAGAGCUGAAGCCUAUCCAGAAAGAAUCCGAAGUCUCUUUAAGGUUUCCAGAUAACUUUGAGAAGUUGUCUCCUCCCAUCCUGCAGUUGGAUGAAGUAGAGUUCUACUACAGUCCAGACCAGCCGCUCUUCUCCGGACUCAACCUGUCGGCGGAUCUCGAGUCUCGGAUCUGUAUUGUUGGCGAAAACGGCGCCGGUAAAACCACAGUCCUGAAACUGUUGAUGGACGAGUUGACCCCAGUCAGCGGAGUCCGGCAGGCUCACAGGAACUUGAAGAUUGGUUAUUUUAGUCAACAUCACGUAGACCAGCUGGACCUGAAUGUCUGCGCUGUUGAGCUGCUGCUCCACAAGUUUCCAGGUCGGACCGAGGAGGAGUAUCGUCACCAGCUGGGUGGUUACGGUAUCACUGGGGAGCUCGCCGUGAGGCCGGUGGCCAGUCUGUCAGGAGGCCAGAAGAGCCGAGUGGCCUUCGCCCAGAUGACGAUGCCAAGUCCAAACUUUUACGUUCUGGAUGAACCGACCAAUCACCUGGACAUGGAGACCAUUGAGGCGCUGGCAAAAGCUCUUAACAAGUUCAAAGGCGGAGUCAUCCUGGUGUCACACGACGAGCGUUUGAUCCGGCUGGUGUGUAAGGAGCUGUGGGUGUGUGAAAGUGGGAAUGUUCGGCGCAUCGAUGGCGGCUUUGAUGAAUACCGAGACAUCCUACAGGAACAGUUCAAGAAAGAGGGUUACCUGUGAGGCCCGGCCCACUGCUAACUGGCCACAAACACCCCGGCCCUCACAACACUGAAACUGCAGCCGCUCAGCCACAAGAGCACACCGGAGGACUGUUUCUUCUUGCUCACCUGCUGCUCAGAUCACCUGCUGCAAGACGAUUGGCGGUUUGGGAUCACCUGGUGAGGUCACGCGAACUUUGGUGGAGCAGGAGUGCUUUAUUUAGACAUCGAAGCAGAAUCUGUUGAAAUUACGGUUUUGUUUUGACUUUUAAAGAACCAGACUGUCAAACGUGAUAAAAGUCUAAAUUAAAAAUAUAAAAUUGUC